AUGGAAAUGUGUGAGCGGAAUCCUUUAAAUCCUGGCUAUGUUGGUUCUCUGUUGAAUUUUCCUCCCCCUGAGUCGCUGUAUUUCUCCAACUUGCGGGGUAAUGGAGCCCACAUACCCGGGCUGCAGAUCCCUUACAAUAGGAGAGAGGUGUGCACGCUCCCGUGGACUUCCUCAAGUUCGUGCACGUCUGGACCAGCAGCACCGCCACCGAGCCGCGCCUUUGGAGGCUACUGUCCGCCGUUUCUGUCAAACCCGUUGUCUAUAAAUACGAACUCCAGCGGUCACGUCAAGGCGCAUCUGGAGGACUCGGCGCGAUGCUUUCAGGUCACAAACCAUAAGACAGAGGAGUCUGGGAGGCGAGAUGAGGUUUACGCCGGGGACCAUGCCAGUGACCGCGGAUACUCAGACCUGGACAGCCGGUCUCACGGUCCUGCAGCACAGCUUGAUCACGAUUCAGCAGGUCCACUAAAUGUGAACGGCACCAAACAGGAGCAGAAUCCCAUUCACCCAUCAUCUAGCCACACAUGCUCCAGGACGUCUUUUGCAGAAGGUGCCCCAUGGUGCUCGUCGCAAGUGAAAGCCAGAAAGAAGAGAAAGCCUUACACGAAGCUGCAGCUGGCUGAACUUGAGAAUGAAUUUAUGAUGAAUGAAUUCAUCAACAGGCAGAAAAGGAAAGAGUUGUCAGAAAGACUGGACCUGAGUGACCAACAAGUGAAAAUAUGGUUUCAGAACCGGAGGAUGAAGAAGAAACGACUGAUAAUGCGCGAACAUGCUUUCUCCGCAUACUGA